AUGACGGUAACUCUCGCUAGGCUCACUAAACUAGGAAAGUCCGUUCUAAUCCAGAAACUUGACUCAACAGAAGCUAUUCAGCUUCUCUUAAAUAACAGCGGUCUAUCGGAAGAUAGCACUUAUAAGAAUCCUAAGGGCAGCCUAGAUACCCUUGCCCUCGCUAACCGCCUUAGUGGACUACCAUUAGCGAUUAUCAUCGCUACGGCAUUCAUGCGCCAGACCGGCACUACCAUCGCUCAGCGUCAGUAUCAGCAAGGAAACAUGCUAGAGACAUGGAUGAUAUCAUACCGUGAGAUCCAGAGUCGAUCCCCGAACGCAGCAGAGCUUCUCCUACUACUUACCUAUUUCGAUAAUCGGGACAUCUACCCUAAUGUUCCAGGCUGGCUUCAAGGAAUUAUAUUAAGCGGACUUACGUUUAAACUUUACGUAAAACACCUUAUAGAUUUCUCUCUUCUUAAGAUCAAGCAACAGGAAGGGAGCUAUGCAAUGCAUCCUAUGGUACAGGACUGGUGCUUUCACAUUGCCAGUACAAAGAAAAACGUGACUCCCAGCCAGCUUUGUGAACUAGCCCUGAUAUCAGUCGGAUAG